AUGUUGACAUUAUGGACCAGGAUAGUGCCAGCCUUAUUUAUUUUUCUCACCACUGAAUCUAUAGGUUCACUUCUAGAGCCAUGUGGUUAUAUAAACCCUGAAUCUCCACUUGUACAACUUGGUUCUAAUUUCACUGCUACGUGUGUACUAAACGAAAAAUGUUUGGAUCAAUAUUUUGUAAAUGCCAGCAAAAUUUUCUGGAAAACAAAUCAUGCUAUUGUUCCUAAGGAACAAUAUACUGUCAUAAACAGAACAGCAUGCAGCGUCACCUUUCCAUCUAUAUCUUCAUUAAGCACUCAACUCACUUGUAAUAUUUAUGCGUUUGAACAGAUUGAGCAAAAUAUAUAUGGAAUCACAAUAACAGCCGGCUUGCCUCCAGAAAAACCUAAAAACUUAACUUGUGUUGUAAAUGAUGAAAAGAAUAUGAUAUGUCAUUGGGAUCCUGGAAGGAAAACAUACCUGCAAACAAACUACACUUUAAAAUCUGAAUGGGCAACAGAGAAAUUUGCUGAUUGUGUUGCAAAACAAGACACUCCCAACUCCUGUACUCUUGCUAAUGCGCCAGUGUAUUUUGUCAACAUAGAAAUCUGGGUUGAAGCAGAGAAUGCCUUUGGAAGUGUUUCAUCAGACCACCUCAAUUUUGAUCCUGUAGAUAAAGGACCAUCCAAGGAACCAAGCUUCUGGUAUAAAAUAGAUUCAUCUCAUACCCAUGGCUAUAGAUCUGUGGAACUCUUGUGGAAGAUAUUGCCUCCUUCUGAAGCCAAUGGAAAAAUCUUGGAUUAUGAAGUGACUCUAACAAGAUGGAAAUCCCAUUUUCAAAAUUACAGAGUUAAUGAUACAAAACUGAUGGUAAAUCUCACAAAUGAUCGCUACAUAGCAACUCUGACAGCAAGAAAUCUGGUUGGCAGAUCAGAUGCAUCUGUUUUAACUAUUCCUGGCUGUAACUUUCAAGCUCCUCAGCCUGUGAAGGAUCUGAAAGCAUUCCCCAGAGAUAACAAACUUUGGGUUGAAUGGACUGCUCCUAAUGAAUCUGUAAAUAAGUAUAUAGUUGAGUGGUGUGUGUUAUCAGAUAAAUCACCCUGUAUCCCAGACUGGCAACAAGAAGACAGAACUGCACAUCUCACCUAUUUAAAAGGAAACCUAAAGGAGAGCAAAUGUUAUUUGAUAACAGUUACUCCCAUAUAUUCUGAUGGACCAGGAAGCCUGCAGUCUGUCAAGGCAUACCUUAAACAAGCUGCACCUUCCACAGGACCUACUGUUCGAACAAAAAAAGUGGGGAAAAAUGAAGCUGUCUUAGAAUGGGACCAUCUUCCAGUUGAUGUUCAAAAUGGAUUUAUCAGAAAUUAUACUAUAUUUUAUAAAACUGCCCUUGGGAAUGAAACUGCUGUGCACGUAGAUUCCUCCCACACAGAAUAUACGCUGUCUUCUUUGACUAGUGACACGUUGUACAUGGUACGAAUGGCAGCAUACACAGAUGAAGGUGGGAAGAGUGGUCCUGAUUUCACUUUCACUACUCCAAAGUUUGCUCAAGGAGAAAUUGAAGCCAUAGUUGUGCCUGUUUGCUUAGCAUUCCUAUUGACAACUCUUUUAGGAGUGUUAUUCUGCUUUAAUAAGCGAGAUCUGAUUAAAAAGCAUAUCUGGCCUAAUGUUCCAGAUCCUUCAAAGAGUCAUAUUGCCCAGUGGUCACCUCACACCCCCCCCAGGCACAAUUUUAAUCCAAAAGAUCACAUGUAUCCAGAUGGCAAUUUCACUGAUGUAAGUGUUGUGGAAAUAGAAGCAAAUGUCAAAAAGCCUUUUCCAGAAGAUCUGAAGUCAUUGGACCUAUUUAAGAAGGAAAAAAUUAGUACCGAGGGACACAGCAGUGGUAUCGGAGGAUCUUCUUGCAUGUCAUCUUCCAGGCCUAGCAUCUCUAGCAGUGAUGAAAAUGAAUCUGGGCAAAACACUUCAAGCACUGUCCAGUAUUCUACUGUGGUGCAUAGUGGCUACAGACACCAGGUUCCAUCAGUUCAAGUCUUCUCGAGGUCCGAGUCCACCCAGCCCUUGUUAGAUUCGGAAGAGCGGCCGGAAGACCUCCAGUUAGUAGAUAAUGUAGAUGGUGGGGAAAGUAUAUUGUCCAGGCAACAAUAUUUUAAGCAAAACUGCAGUCAACAAGAAACCAGUCAAGAUAGCUCACAUUUUGAAAGGUCGAAGCAAGUUUCAUCAGUCAAUGAGGAAGAUUUUGCCAGGCUUACACAGCAGCAGAUUGCAGAGCUUACUCCACAGUCUGGUGGAUCUGGGCAGUUGAAAAUGUUUCAAGAGGUUUCUACGGCAGAUGUUUUUGGUCCAGGUAUUGAGAGAGAAGUCGAGAGGAUUGAAUCAGUUGGGAUGGAUGAAGGAAUGCCUAAAAGUUACUUACCACAGACUGUAAGACAAGGUGGUUACGUGCCUCAGUGA